UGAAAAAUCACAUGAUGUGCACGGCGUAUGAUGUCAGCAGCCUCAGUUCGCUUGUCCUCCUCGCCGACCUCCGCCAUCCAAACACUGAGGCGUCCAGGCUACAUAAUUUCCUCCCCUGCUCCAACAGUGUUAACAUUACACUAGCAAAACAUGGCCAGCCAGUCCCAAGGAAUUCAGCAGUUAUUACAAGCGGAGAAACGAGCAGCUGAAAAGGUUGCGGAGGCCCGGAAACGUAAGAACCGUCGUCUGAAGCAGGCGAAAGAGGAGGCCCAGGCUGAGAUUGAGCAGUACCGUCUCCAGAGGGAGAAGGAGUUCAAGACAAAAGAGGCCGCAGCUCUUGGCUCCCAUGGGAACUCAGCAGUGGAGGUGGAUAAGGAGACUGUGGACAAGAUGGGUGGCAUCCAGAACAGCUAUCAGAUGAACCGAGAGGCAGUGCUGGAGAACCUGCUUAAAAUGGUGUGCGACAUUAAACCUGAGAUCCACGCCAACUACCGUGUGGCUGGAUAGGACAUUCCCCCUGCCCUUGAGAUGUGGCGGUAUAGGGCUUCCAUUGCGCAGCAAUUGGGAUUAGCAUAGAGAUGCAAGAUAGCUGUCAUUACAGCCUUCCGAUUUGUGUUUAUGUUCUGAUAUUACUGCUCUCUGAUGCAUUGCCUUCACUUAAAGCAAACUCUUAAGAGCUGAGAGAGAAAAAAAAAGACUGACCCAGGUUAUUUAUAUUAGAAUGGCUGUAGAGUAGUGGUCUUCAUUCCUGGUCCUAUAGAGCCGCUGGGUGUGCUGGCUUUCAUGUGUUACUCAAUAGUUUGAUCAUUGAUCAUAAUUGAUCAGUGAAAGCAGUUGAUUACAUCGUUAACUUGCCUUACCUGGUUUUUUGGGUCUGAAUUGGUUGCUGCUAUUAAGGCAAGAACAAAAACCAGCAGACCCUGUGUCUCUCCAGGACCAGGAAUGAAGAUCACUGCUAUAGAGCGUCCUGGUAUUUAUAAAGGUUCACAGGAUAAGAUUCUAAAUGACACAUAACCAGUUCAGUUCGAGUUUGUUUUCACUGUAAACCAGCUGUAAAAUCUGUUUUGGGCCCAGAAUGCAUUGCAAUGGAAGUCCUCCCCGUGUUGUAACUUAUUGAUGUCCAGAGGAUCAUUAGGAUCAAUAGAGUUGAGUAUUGUCUGUGAAGGAGGUAUCUGUGUGUGUCUUGCUUUGCGAUGUAUCGUUUUUUUUAUUUGGUGCUCUAUUUGGACAUUCUUUUAAUUGUAGUUGGAUGUCAGGACAUAUUUAGAACUGGACACAGAAUUUCUUCUCUAUAUCAGGUACAACCUAAACAGCCUCUUUUCCUCAUAAAAUCUAGUGAAAUGCUGCCACGGUUCCUGAUCUUUUUCUCCUUGGUGUCUGUGGGACCGUAGUUGGAAACUACUGUAACCAAAUGGUGAUUAAACAUUUGCAAUUCUGCA